CGCUCCCGCCGAGCCGAGCACCCGCCGAGCAGCAUGGCCCGCUCCCGCUCCGUGCUGGCCGCCGCCUUGGCGCUCGGCGCCGCCGCCGUCCUCGCGGGCCUCGGCGCCGCCGCCUUCCUGGCCCCCGCCGCGGUCCGCGGAAGCGCGGCGGCCGCCCCGCGCACGAGCCCUCAGGCUGCGGCGGGCGCCUCGGCGCCGCUGCGGGCGGCGGGCGCGGCGCGGAGUGGUGCCGCCGCCGCCGCCGCGGCGGGCGCGGCGGCGCCCGCGGCCUUCUCGGGCGCCACGCUGCUGCCGGCUUUGCUGCUCAGCGCCCGGGCCACGGUCAGCGUCUGCGCGGCGGUGGCCCGCCACGCCAAGGCGCCCGUGUCGGAGUACGGUGCGCCCUCGGGCGUGCGCAACUUCCAGGAGAUGACGCUCGGCUUCACCUCGGACAUCGCCAAGAACAACCUCGGGGAGUCGUUCUACCGGCCUUGGGUUCCUUUCGUCACCACGAUCUUCCUGUUCAUCUUCGGGUCCAACUGGUCUGGGGCGCUGGUGCCGUGGAAGCUGCUGGAGCUCCCCGAGGGCGAGCUGGCCGCGCCCACCAACAACAUCAACACCACCGUGGCGCUGAGCCUGCUGACCUCCAUCGCCUACUUUGGCGGCGGACUGGUGAAGAAGGGGCUCGGGUACUUCGCGAGGUAUGUCAAGCCCACGCCCAUCCUGCUGCCGAUCAACAUCCUCGAGGAUUUCACCAAGCCGCUCAGCCUGAGCUUCAGGCUCUUUGGUAACGUGCUGGCCGACGAGCUGACCGUGGCGGUCCUCACCUUCCUCGUCCCCUUCGUCAUCCCGCUGCCCAUCAUGGCGCUCGGCAUCUUCGCGGGCUCCAUCCAGGCGCUGAUUUUCGCCACCCUGGCGUCGGCGUACAUCGCAGAGGCGAUCGAGUGA